CUUGCAAGCAAAAUCCAUUCAUUUCACAUUCUCAAACCUUUUCAAACAUGCUUCUUUAUUUCUUACUUUGUGACGUUGACGGUGGUGGAGAAGGGAAUCUUUUGAAGAGUUUUUGUGUACGUGUUUGUUUACUUUCGAUUCCUGAGAAAGGAAAUCUAGCAAACACGAAAAAAAAGAUUAUUGAUCCGACUAGAUUUUCUUGUAUUCGGUGAAAAUAUGAGAACAAGGCUAAAUUCCCUACUCUGUACUGAUAGAUUUUUAACUUUUUGACACACUUCCUUUAACAUCUUCCAAAACUUAUCGUCUUCCAAUUUGGAACAAUAAUGUUCCUCCGUUCACGUGGGAAAAGUUUAACAAAAGUACAUCCUGAAAAUGUGGCGACCAAAGCGGAAGGAACAGGUAAGAAGAAUGUGAAAGAUGACAAUGUUCAUUCGUCUUCCAAAACGACGACGGGAACCACGCCUACAAUUUCGCCAAAAUCAUCAUCCUCGCUUUCGCCUUCGUCGUCAAGAUCAUCAGCUGUAGGUGAACAGCAACAACAAGAAACGAUAAGCCAUACUAACGGUUCUCCAGUAGGACAGCCGAAAAUUUACAGUUUGCUGGAAUGGGAUGAAAUUAUUGAAGAUAUGGACACGGCUAUUGAAAAUACUAGGACCAAAAGUGAGCUGUAUCGUCUGAAUGGGGAGCCCCUGAAGAAAAAAUUGGGUACAAGUAGGACUGGACUGAGCGACAUUACGCAACAAAUUAUGAGCUCGUAUGGGUUAGAGUUCUUAGGACUAGUAUCGGAAAUUGUGCUCGCUGCUGAACCGCUGAAAAUUCCUCUUCCAGAAAUACUGAAUCAAUUGCAAUACAUCGAGUACAAAGAGGCUUCCGUUAGUGGAGAUAAGUUGAUUGUUUGGGUGGAUGACGAGCCGCAGGAGAGUGAAGAUAAUGAUGAUCGAAAUUUGCCAUUUUGCCAGAUACUAAUUACAGAACUGUUGCGAUUGGAUAUUGAACCUGAAAUUGUCCUCCCCUGCCAUGACAUGGAUGAAGACGUUCUUGUCAGAUUAGUACAACAAGUCCGGAAACGAUUAACAACCGAACAACGUCUAGUGUAUGGUGCUCAUCCAGUUGAAUUUGCAAAAAGCGUCAUCCUUCAACUACUAAGAAUUGGAAUGGCCGUGUCCCUUGCUUCUGUGAAGUCUAGAAUCAUUAUUAUUGACGCGGACUCGUUUGUUCAUGACGAACCACAUUUUCAGGAAUUGGUGGAAAUGGCUGAACAACUGGGACACACUGUCAUGUACUAUCGUAAUACCAUACAUGUCAAGGACAAAGUUAAGGCUGCUGACGAAUUCGUGGAGAGAGUAAAGCUCUGGAUGAUCAGAUUCACAACCAAUCAUCAACCUUCGUCUGCAGAGAAUGGGUUCACGGAAGAGAUGAAUGAAUUGGAAUCGAAAAGCCGAAAUAAUGAUCAAUCGGAUUCAAUAAAAGCGCAGAUUGAGGAGGAUAUACUGCGGUCAUAUGUAGGCAAUAAUCAUACCACUUUUAUAUCUCCACCGACUCAAGAUCUCACCGGCAAUAAGUUACCAAAAGCACAACAGGAAUUUAAAUUCAGAAAUGGGAAAAGUGAAUCAUCCAAACCCACCAAGAAUUAUAAACCCCCAGACGCAAGCAUUGAAUGGGACGGUGUUUUCAAAAAACCUUUUAGUCCAAGCCCCAAGAAAGUACCAGCAGCAGGAUCUCAACCAGAAUCCGUAUUUAUGUACAAACUAGCGAAUAAACACUUUAGCAACAAAGUAGAGGAGUUUGACGACAGCUCUGAAUCUUCUGAGGACUACUAACAAUUUAAGCAACGUCUCAAUGCAAUACAUAUAUAAUGCAACUGUUUCAAAAUUGUUCAGUAUUCAUAUCUCGUUUUACCAAACAAUGAUCUGUUAUUUUUAAUAUAAGCAUGUAAACGAGCCACAUAUCGUAACGAUUUUAGCAUUUUUUAAACCGGAAGUAUUAUUUGUUUAAAUUCCAUGAAUUAUGGUUUUACUAUUAGUUUUAUAGGUGUUGGACUCUGAAUAAUAUACUCGAAUCUUGAAUGAGUUUCGCUCGUUUUGAGAUUAUUACGAAUCUUACGAUACACAUGUACUUUUGAGAUUUUAUGAAAAUAAUAGACUGGGAAUUAUACGAAAAA